GUGACCUGAGCAAUUUAGAAUAUUUGUUCCUUCGUCAGAACCAACUUUCCGGUCCCAUUCCAAGUGAACUAGGAAAAUUGAAGAAACUUGUUGUCCUGGAAAUGGAUGAAAAUCAAUUUUCUGGUCAUUUGCCAGAGUUAUGUGGCGGUAGGUUAAUACAACAUUUUACUGUGGAUAACAAUAGACUUUCAGGUCCAAUCCCUAAAAGCUUGAAAAAUUGUUCCAGUUUAACUAGAGCCCGAUUUGAUCACAACCAGUUUUCUGGGAAUCUGUCGGAAGAAUUCGGUGUCUAUCCAAAUUUGACAUUCAUGGAUCUAAGUGACAAUAAAUUCUAUGGUGAACUCUCCAAUGAUUGGUGUAUUAGCAAACAACUAGAAACAUUGAAAAUAGCGAAGAACAACCUUUCAGGGAGCAUUCCUCCUGAAUUUGGAAAUUUAAGUCAAAUACAAGUACUCGAUCUUUCUUCAAACCAGUUAUGUGGGGGGAUCCCAAAGGAAAUUGGGAAGUCAAUUUUACUUCUGAAAAUUGAUCUGAAUGACAAUCAAAUUUCUGGGCAUAUACCUCACGAAUUGGGAUCAUUGUCAAGCUUAAAUUACCUAGACCUUUCGAGAAACAGACUGAGAGGUCCAAUACCUGAAAAUUUUCCAAAUUCUAGGCAGUUGUUUCACUUGAAUUUGAGCUACAAUUUUUUAAGCCAAACAAUCCCGGUUCAUAUUGGUAAGUUAACUCAUUUGUCUGCAUUGGAUAUGAGCAGUAAUUCACUUACUGGAGAAAUACCAUCUGAAAUAGGAUUUUUGUCAAGCUUGGGAAUGUUAAACCUCUCACACAAUCGCCUCUCUGGAUUCAUUCCUGAGAGUUUUCAAAUAUUGCCUGGCGCUGUGGACAUCGAUAUAUCCUAUAAUGAGUUGGAGGGCCAAAUUCCUAAUGGCAAGCCCUUUCAGAAUGUCUCCAUAGAAAAACUACGAGGGAAUAAAGGAUUGUGCGGUAAUAUUGCAGGAUUGAAACCAUGCAAAGUUCCUCCUCCUGUUGAAAACCACAAGACAGGGAAUGGUCUCAAACUCAUUUUGAGAGUUGUACUUCCCCUUCUUGGGGCACCUCUACUUCUAUUUGCACUCGUUGGCAUCCUGAUCAUGUAUGAUCGCAGAAAGAGGAAUUCAAUAGAUGCAGAAGAUGAUUUGCUUUCCAUAUCAUCUUUUGAUGGAGUAGUCAUGUAUAAAGACAUAUUAGAGGCCACCAAAGAAUUUGAUGCAGCAUUUUGCAUUGGAGAGGGUGGAUGUGGAAGGGUUUACAAGGCGAAGCUUCCAUCACAAGAUAUAGUAGCAGUGAAAAGAAUUCAUUCAUUGUCUGAAAUGGCAAAUCGUAGAGCGUUUUUAAGCGAAAUAAGAGCACUGACAGGAAUCAAGCACCGGAACAUUGUGAAACUUUAUGGUUUCUGCUCAAAUGCUCAACACUCGUUUUUGGUCUAUCAAUACUUUGACAGAGGUAGUCUUGCCAAAACUCUAAGUAUAGAUGAAGAAGCUAAGACAUUGGAUUGGCCGAAAAGGGUAAAUAUUUUGAAGGGUGUGGCUCAUGCUUUGUCUUACAUGCAUCAUAGUUGUUCUCCUCCAAUUGUUCAUCGAGAUAUCUCAAGCAACAACAUUUUGCUUGAUACAGAGUACGAGGCACAUAUUUCAGAUUUUGGAACUGCUAAGUUUUUGAAAUGCGACUCAUCGAAUUUGAGCGCUCUUGCAGGCACAUAUGGUUAUGUUGCACCGGAGCUUGCUUACACAAUGAAAGUGACAGAAAAGUGUGAUGUGUACAGCUUUGGAGUGUUGGCUUUGGAAGUGAUCAAAGGAAAUCGUCCUGGUGACAGUCUCAGACAUGGAGAAUUACAGUUUAAGGAUUUUUUGGAUCCGCGCAUUCUAUAUCCCAACCUCGAAGAAGAGGAGAUUUUGAUGUUCGUUGUUAAAUUUGCAACUAAAUGCAUUCACUCCAAUCCACAAUUUCGUCCAACCAUGGACGUUGUUUCUGAUAUGCUUAGUGCAUCCACCACCAUCUCAGUGAUUUCUUAAUAGCAUGAAUUUUAUGAAAGUUUGCAAAUGAUGCCAAUUGUUUUUAUGUAUUUUUUUUCCUUUGAUGUAUUUUUGCUAUUUAGGCAUCAAACUUUUCCUUGUUUA